GCCCGCCGCCCGAUGCCACCUGCGCUGCGCUCCCGGGGCUGAGGGACCGCGCGGAGCGGGGAAGAUGUGGAGAGCAGAUCUCUCCCUUCUUGCAGCGGCCUGUUGUGUAUUUGAGGAGGACUUUGAGCUUUUGCGUAAAUGAACCAACUCCGGGACCUUCCUCAAAGGACAGACUGACAGAACGGCAUCUGAUGUGAAAGUGCAUACGAAGCAAAGGGGUGGGAUCGAAUUCUUCAAUGUAGGAAAAAAUGACCCCACUGACAUACAUCAACACUUCCAGUGGAUGUAUGACAGCGAAGGGAUGGAGAUGCGUUGCACACCAUGAAAUGAAGAACAUCUCCAUCAGCUCAUCCACCCAGAUCAGAGGAUUAUGGCCAGGGAGCUGCACAGAAUGUACAGAAUGCUGAACAUCGGCCUCGGUGCAUUGGAGACGACAGAAGCAACGUUGGAAUAUCGCAGUUUGUGCCGUCUGGGGCCACAAAUGCUCACGUGGGAGCAGAAGGGAGUUUGUCAGGACCUGCUAAACCAAUAUGAGGUUUCCUGGAUCAUGUCGUUACCGGUGUUGCAAUGUGAGCUGGAGUCAAAGCGGCGAUCCAUGGAGUGGUGAUGUGUGAAUUCCCCACUGAAGAAGUUCAGGACUCAGCCCUCAGCGGGUGAAGUGAUGUGUGCUGCAUUUUGGGACAGGGAAGGGCUGAUUCUUCUGGAUUUUCUGGGACCCGGACAGACCGCCAGCUCUGACCGUGUUGUGGCACUGACUGAGCUGAAGGCUCCAACUUCCAGGAUGGCGGACACGGACCUUUUUAUGGAAUGUGAGGAGGAGGAGCUGGAGCCAUGGCAGAAGAUCAGUGAUGUGAUUGAAGAUUCUGUGGUUGAGGAUUAUAACUCGGUCGAUAAAACUACUACGGCCGGCAACCCUCUUGUUCAGCAAGGCGGACAGCCCCUGAUCCUCACCCAGAACCCAACCUCGGGUCUGGGCACCAUGGUGACCCAGCCAGUGUUAAGACCUGUGCAGAUCAUGCAGAAUGCCAACCAUGUCACAAACUCCCCGGUGACCAGCCAGCCCAUCUUCAUCACUACCCAGGGAUUUCCCGUGCGGAACGUGCGGCCUGUGCAAAACACGAUGAAUCAAGUGGGAAUUGUCCUGAAUGUACAGCAGGGUCAGACAGUCAGACCCAUCACCCUUGUCCCAGCCCCAGGUACACAGUUUGUCAAGCCAGCAGUUGGCGUUCCUCAGGUGUUCUCCCAGGUGGCCCAGGUGAGACCAGGUACGACCAUGCCGGUCCGACCCACCACCAACACUUUCACUACGGUCAUUCCGGCCACGCUCACCAUCAGGAGCACAGUGCCGCAGUCCCAGUCACAACAGCAAAGUAAGUCCACUCCCAGCACCUCCACAACUCCUACUGCAACGCAGCCAACACCACUGGGACAGUUAACUGUGCAGCAGCCAGGGCAGUCCAGUCAAGCUACUAACCCCAAAUUAGUGAGCAUCGCGAGCUUUGUGACGGUAAAGAGACCCGGAGUGACUGGUGAGAACAGCAAUGAGGUUGCCAAGCUGGUGAACACCCUGAAUACUGUUCCCUCGUUGGGGCAGAGCCCCGGACCAAUGGUGGUGUCCAACAGCAGCCCUGUGCACGGCUCCCAGAGAUCCAGCACGUCGGAGUCAUCAUCAUCGUCGUUGAAAGUCAGUUCAUCUCCAAUUCCCACCUUUGAUUUGCAAGAUGGUGGCAGGAAGGUCUGCCCACGGUGUGAUGCUCAGUUCCGAGUCACCGAAGCUUUAAGAGGACAUAUGUGUUACUGCUGCCCUGAAAUGGUUGAAUUCCUCAAGAAAAGAAAAUCUCUCGAUUCUGAACCAAAUAUCCAAUCUGCAAAGCCUCCAUCUCCAGAAAAAACCACAGCUGUUGCUUCCCCGCCCUCUUCUACUCCUAUCCCUGCACUGUCCCCACCUGCUAAAGCUCCAGAGCCAAAUGAAGGCAUGGUUGACUCGUCCCAAAGUAAGCUCAUCAUGUUGGUGGAUGACUUCUACUACGGCAGAGAUGGUGGCAAAGUGAGCCAGCUGCUGAACUUCCCCAAGGUUCCGACUUCCUUCCGCUGUCCGCACUGCACCAAGAGGCUAAAGAACAACAUACGAUUUAUGAACCACAUGAAGCACCACGUGGAACUGGACCAGCAGAACGGAGAGGUGGACGUGCACACCAUCUGCCAGCACUGCUACAGGCAGUUCUCCACUCCGUUUCAGCUCCAGUGCCACUUAGAGAACGUCCACAGUCCCUAUGAGUCAACAACAAAGUGCAAGAUUUGUGAAUGGGCAUUUGAGAGUGAACCAAUGUUCCUGCAGCACAUGAAGGACACGCACAAGCCGGGGGAGAUGCCCUACGUUUGCCAGGUGUGUCAGUACCGCUCGUCGCUGUACUCGGAGGUGGACAGCCACUUCCGAAUGAUCCACGAGGACACGCGGCACCUGCUCUGCCCCUACUGCCUGAAGGUCUUCAAGAACGGCAAUGCCUUCCAGCAGCACUUCAUGAGGCACCAGAAGAAGAGUGUUUAUCAUUGCAACAAGUGCAGACUCCAAUUCCUGUUCGCCAAGGAUAAAAUUGAACACAAGCUGCAGCAUCACAAAACGUUCCGAAAGCCCAAACAAUUGGAAGGAUUGAAGCCUGGAACCAAGGUGACAAUCAGAGCAUCCCGAGGACAGCCCCGGACAGUGCCCAUCUCUUCAAACGACAUGGGGCAGAGUGCUGGGCAGGACACUGCGCCGCUCUCCUCUUCUGACCCUCAGCCCAUCUUCCUGUACCCACCCGUCCAGAGGAGCGUCCAGAAGAGAGCCGUCAAAAAAAUGAGCGUCCUGGGCAGGCAGACCUGCCUGGAGUGCAGCUUUGAGAUCCCCGACUUCCCGAACCACUUCCCCACCUACGUCCACUGCUCGCUGUGCCGCUACAGCACGUGCUGCUCCCGAGCCUACGCCAACCACAUGAUCAACAACCACGUUCCCCGGAAGAGUCCCAAAUACUUGGCUUUGUUCAAGAACUACACUGCUUGUGGUGUGAAGCUGUGCUGCUCCUCCUGCCUCUUUGCGUCAUCGGAGGGUGAUAUGAUGGCCAAGCAUUUGGUCUUCAACCCAUCACACGAGUUCAGCAACAUUAUUUUCCGAGGGCCUACUUGGAUAUCACAUUCCAGGCACAUCCAGCCCCAGGACAGAAGCAUGAAGAACACGUGCCCUGCCUAUUCCCCCAGUAAAGCUGCUACUGUGAAAACUAAGUCUGUGUUACCCGUGAAGGACGACCUGGAGCCUGAAGCGGCACUGGCAGCCCACACCCGGCCCCUGCUUUGCCAGGAGGAAGAGUGCUUAAAUAUCGAUGCUCAGGAAGACGAGCAGCCAAUGAAGGAGACCGAACCUGCAAGCAAAAAGGAGCAGCUGUCGGUGAAAAAGCUGCGGGUGGUUCUGUUUGCGUUGUGUUGCAGCACUGAGCAGGCGGCUGAGCACUUCCGGAACCCGCAGCGACGCAUCAAGCGUUGGCUCCGGCGGUUCCAGGCUUUCCAAGAGGAGAACUUGGCGUCACUGUCAGAGGGCAAAUACCUGAGCUUGGAGGCCGAGGAGAAGCUGGCGGAGUGGGUGCUCACCCAGCGGGAGCAGCAGCUGCCCGUCAACGAGGAGACGCUCUUCCAGAAGGCCACCAAGCUCGGCCGCUCCCUGGAGGGCGGCUUCAAGAUCUCCUACGAAUGGGCUGUUCGGUUCAUGCUGCGGCACAACCUCAGCAUGCACACGCGCAGGGCGGUGGCCCACCCACUCCCCAAAGAGGUGGAGGACAACGCCGGCUGCUUCAUCGAGUUUGUGCAGCGGCAGAUCCACACGCAGGACCUGCCCCUCUCCAUGAUCGCAGCCAUCGAUGAGAUCUCCCUCUUCCUUGACGUGGAGGUGCUGAGCAGUGACGACAAGAAGGAGAACGCUCUGCAGACGGUGGGGACCGGCGAGCCCUGGUGCGACGUGGUCCUCACCAUCCUUGCCGACGGGAGCGUUCUCCCCACUUUGGUCUUCUACAGAGGUCAUGUCCAGCAGCCCGCCAACGUGCCUGAGUCCAUCAUACUGGAAGCGAAGGAGAACGGCUACAGCGAUGAUGAAGUCAUGGAGCUGUGGGCUUCGCGAGUGUGGCAGAAGCACACCGAGUGCCAGAACAGCAAGGGCAUGCUGGUGCUGGAUUGCCACCGAACACACCUCUCGGAGGAGGUACUGUCCCUGCUGAGCGCUUCCAGCACUCUCCCGGCUGUCGUACCCGCUGGCUGCAGCUCCAAAAUCCAACCCCUGGAUGUUUGUAUAAAAAGGACUGUGAAAAAUUUCUUGCAUAAAAAGUGGAAAGAGCAAGCCAAGGAGAUGGCGGACUCCACGUGCGAUUCGGACAUCCUUCUCCAGCUGGUUUUGUGUUGGCUGGCAGAGGUGCUGGAGGUCAUCAGUGACUCUCCCGAACUCGUGCAGCAGUCCUUCCUGGUGGCCAGUGUGCUGCCGGGGCCGGACGGCACGGCCAACUCAGCCACACGCAACGCCGACAUGCAGGAGGAGCUGAUCACAGCGCUGGAGGAGCAGCUGAAGUUGGGUGAGGAGCAGCAGCCACAGGAGGUGGCGGAGGGUGAGGAUCAGCCCCAGAACGAGGAGUGCGCCGACCCCGAGAUCCUCCAGCAGCUCUUCGAGGGGGAGAGCGAGACUGAAUCGUUUUACGGCUUCGAAGACGCCGAUUUGGAUCUGAUGGAAAUCUGAGCACUGAUCUGCGAGUUGGGAUCUGGAAAGGGUUGUUUUUUCAAUAAAUGUUGGAUGAGACCAUUACACUUCCCUGUGGAUUUGUGGGUUUAGGAAAUUUGUAGGCGAUCACUCAGAUAAAUAGCCAUUUAUGCUGUUCAUUUAUAAGUUUUGUGCUUUUUUAAAGAAAAAUCACUGUGUUGGUAUUUUCUGAAAAUAUAUUGUGGGUGAAUAUUUUUGCGUUUUCUUUACCUCACUGUAUCAUAGUUUUCUGUUUUUAUUGUGCAGAAAUGUUUUGAAUUAUACAUUGUCAAUGUGACCAUUUCUAAAGAAAGGAGAGCAGAUGUAGCUGACGAACCCGUAUAUAAACCUUUUGGAUGUCUUAACACAGGUUGGUUUUUUUUUAACACUUGACCCAGAGCUUUAGGUUUCUGUGCUGAAUUUAGGUAUGAACGAUUGCUUUGAGGUGUGAACCUUCUACAGUUGGCCCUUACGAGUUGGGUUUGGUUUGGUUUUUCUUAAUUUUAUUUUAUUUUAAAGAGUAACUGUUUGGCCUGUGAGCUGGGACAUGGGAUCCAGACACAGUCGGAAGCAUUUUGCCUGCUCAAUGCCAGCAAUGGUUCUUGGAGCCCCGGCGCUGCCCGGUGCUGCCGCGCGGUUGGGUCGGGUCCUCCAUGGGAGCCCACCGGCACCGCCGCGCUCCAAAGAGUCCCCGAGGAAGGGUGCAGAUGGAAGAGGGAAGUCGAGGCUGCCUUGAUCUUCCCCUGUAGAUGGGAGUUAAACGUAUGGACCAUUAAGCGUUGAUUAACGACGAGUAGUUGAUAAACGUGCUUUAAGCAGUGGCAUCAGACACUACGUUCCUUAGAAUUAGAGAUCUGAUUUAACGAGACAAACUGUGACAUGCACAAAAAGAAGACGUUUGUUUUUAUUUUUCACUGCCAGCUUAAAUUUUUCUACAAUUUGCAUGUUUGAGGGUUUUUUAAUUGUAUGUAUUACGGUAUAAGCAGAAGCAUUUUGACAUACAGAAUUCAGAAGCACCUGCACCUUUCUGUUUCCAUAGAGGUUUUGUGAACCUGCCCUAUGACCUAAGGAAAGCAGGAGGCAGCAUGUGCAGACCUGUAAAUGGUUCAUCUUUAAAAUGUACAUACGUGGAACAUUUAAUAAAACCAGGGAAAUGGA